AAAGGGAGUGGCGGAAGCAUGGGUAGCCGGUGUUGGGCCUAACUGACUAACGAGUAAAUGAAAAGUAAAAGAGUGACCUCCUUUCCCAAAAAACUUGGGUUCCGCUGGCAGUGAGACCCGCUGAGACCCAGCGCUUGCUUCCGGGGGCGGGGCCUCUGAAUCCUCCGUCUUCCCAGAAGCCCUUGCCAGGCCUCAACGAGAUUAAAAAGGCGGGAGGAGACUCCUUGGCUUUGGCUUUGGGGUGUUGGUUUGCAGGCCUGCUCUGUGCUUCUGACUGUAACUCGAUUCCUCAGGAAAGGACGAGGCAGGACAGGAUGUCGAGGGCCCCAGGGCUCCCAAGGCCUAGGAGUGGGAUGGCCUUGUGGUCUUUACGGGUCUACACCUACAAGAAGCGGGCAGGCCAGAGGCUCAAUGUAACUCCGACUCCUGACCAAGACCUGCCCCUGAGGACACAGGCCCGGCCAGGCCUGAAGGGGAAAGGCAAACAGCCGGGUUUGCCGAAGAUAGCAGAGACUGAGCAGAGCAGGCAGGGAGCUAGCAGCUCUGCAUUGCCAAGCACUCAGUUAAGAAUUACAGGAGAGACAAGCCUGAAAGAAAAUAGCACUCGAGACGAGACCCAGGAUGAGAAGAUGGCUCCAUUGAGUGACUCAGUGACUGAGGACCUCCAGGUUGAUAGUAGUUCAUCUAAUAGUGAACUAAUAUCAGGACUAAGUUUGCCAUGUGAUGUUUCCAGUUCUCUCCUGAGCUGUUCAACCACAGAGUCUUACACAGAACACAAGAGUAUUGAAGAGGAAUUAGAUAGUUUCUCAUCACCUGAACUGUUCAGAGGAUCAGAUUAUUUUGAUUGGGAGUAUCCCAAGAUGAAAGAACAAAAGCAAUGCAAGAACUCUACUCUUCUGGAUACCAGUAAAGCAGUAACAAUAGAAAAGGUGCCACAGUUUUCAGACUUCUCUGCAAUUCUGAACACCUCUUUAGAAAACUAUCAAAAAUGCCACAGAAAAAAAGUGAUGACAUUAGCAUACCAAUGUAUUUCUCCAAAACCAAAGUUUACUUCAAAUUCAAAAUCAGAUAAUACAGCUUGUGAGGUUUUACUUGCUGAAAAAACUUGCCCUUCAACUCCUGAAAAAACAAAGAAGAAAAAAACAAAUUCAAGUACUCCUGAUAAGAAAAGCAGAGGCCUGUUAACAAGUACUCCAUCUUCAGAGACAGCUAAUUUCAUGAUUAAUUUGUCUUCAGUACAAAAGGCACCUUUUGAAGAACUCUUUCCAAAUAUCAGCAAUUAUGUAAACUCAGAUGAAAUUGUUCCUGUGUCAAAUUUGCCAGAAAAUUCUUCAAAUGAGAUUCCUUCAGAUACAUCAGAAAUUUGUUGUAUUAUUAGGGCAUCACCAGGAACUAGACAAAUGAAAAAUAAAGGUGAUACUGUAAAUAAGAAACAUUCUCCUCCUAAAGAUAUUACUCAAG